AUGACCUAUCUCACUCUGAUACAUGUAUCCAAUGUUGUCUCGACGUGUAGUUUUAAUCCAUGACAUUUGGAAACUUGGCUAGCAUUCACAUCGAGUUUGUUUACGUGGAACGUUAGCUUACUAAGGUUUUAAACUUUAGUAGCUAACAUAGCAAGUCAGCAUAGCAAUUAGCCACGGAUCAGUUGGUUCGACUUUAAAUGGUCCGAAUGCGGAAUGCUUGAUUGAAAUUACAGAACUAUAGAAUAUAGUAUAGGUUUCUUACUUAUGGUAGGUGACAAUGUCAUGUUUGGUGAGAGGACUUGGGCAAGAUAAAAGGCUAACGAACCGCUUCAAUUUCGGUCUUACUAGCUAACGUAACAAGCUGCAUUCGUCAACUGGCUGGAAGGGCGUAUGUUGGUCAUUGCUGCAACCUUGGAUAGCCAAUUCCCUCCAUGCUAGAUCAUGUAGCCACCUACCGUUAUAGUUUCUGAGGGUUGAAGUCUGAACGACUGACCGAGGGACCUGAGAACCUCCCUACACCAUCUCACCCUGUCUCACCCGCCUCCCUCAGAGGGAGAGAGCAGCCACUACAGCCAACAUGGUGCUGUCACAGAGACAACGAGACGAACUAAACCGAGCUAUAGCAGACUACCUACGCUCCAAUGGCUAUGAGGAAGCCUACUCCACCUUCAAGAAAGAGGCUGAAUUAGAUAUGAAUGAGGAGUUAGAUAAGAAGUACGCUGGUCUUUUGGAAAAGAAAUGGACCUCUGUCAUCAGAUUACAGAAGAAGGUGAUGGAGCUGGAGUCGAAGCUGAAUGAGGCCAAAGAGGAGAUCACUCUAGGGGGUCCGGUGGCCCAGAAGAGGGACCCUAAGGAGUGGAUCCCCCGUCCCCCAGAGAGAUACGCCCUGAGCGGCCACCGCUCCCCCGUCACACGGGUCAUCUUCCAUCCUGUCUUCUCCGUCAUGGUCACCUCCUCCGAGGACGCCACCAUCAAGGUGUGGGACUAUGAGGCAGGGGACUUUGAGCGGACACUGAAGGGCCAUACAGACUCUGUCCAGGACAUCUCCUUUGACCAGACGGGCAAGCUGCUGGCUUCCUGUUCUGCAGACAUGACCAUCAAGCUGUGGGACUUCCAGGGCUUCGAGUGCAUCCGCACCAUGCACGGUCAUGACCAUAACGUGUCGUCUGUAGCCAUCAUGCCCAACGGAGACCACAUAGUCUCCGCCUCCAGAGACAAGACCAUCAAAAUGUGGGAGGUGGCCACUGGGUAUUGUGUAAAGACAUUUACAGGCCACAGGGAGUGGGUGAGGAUGGUCCGGCCCAACCAGGAUGGUUCUCUUAUCGCCAGCUGUUCCAACGACCAGACGGUGCGUGUGUGGGUGGCCACCUCCAAGGAGUGUAAGGCUGAGCUGCGAGAGCACGAACACGUGGUGGAGUGUAUCGCAUGGGCCCCCGAUACCGCUCACCCUACCAUCCUGGAGGCUACCAGCUCGGAGAGUAAGAAGAAUGGGAAGUCUGGUCCGUUCCUUCUCUCUGGCUCUAGAGAUAAGACCAUCAAGAUGUGGGACAUCAGCACUGGCAUGUGCCUUAUGACUCUGGUGGGUCAUGAUAACUGGGUGCGUGGUGUGUUGGUGCACCCUGGAGGCAGGUUCAUAGUGAGCUGUGCUGAUGAUAAGACUCUGAGGAUCUGGGACUACAAGAACAAGCGCUGCAUGAAGACCCUGUGUGCCCACGAACACUUUGUUACCUCUCUGGAUAUGCACCGGACUGCUCCAUACGUGGUAACAGGCAGCGUUGAUCAGACAGUCAAAGUGUGGGAGUGUCGCUGAGUCUGCCUGCAACCUCCCUAUCCUCAUCCUCCUCUCUACCCCACAACCACCUCUUUUCCCACAAACUCACCGCAGCCUCCUCCUUUAUCCCCCCCAAACAGCAGCCCUACCCUGUCUCUUUGACACUCACCUAAGCCCCACCUCUCGCACUCCAUACCAUGGUUACCCAGGCUCUCCGCCCUGCCCUGUUCAAAUAAAUAUUGUCCUUUUAUGUAAAUUA